CGUUGAACAUUUUCCCCAACAGCACCGCUUGUCUGGCUCUCUACAGCUUGCCCCUAAGAGCAUGUUGAAGGCCACACACUCUAUAGAGGUACUUGUACCCCAUUAAACUUCCCGUUAUCGUGCGGAUUGCAACUCCCCCACACUUCCUCAUCCCCAACCAACACCACUUUACCGUGCCACCAACCAUCCCACGGACGGAUCAUCUACGCCCCAGAGCGCUCUUCCAUCUCCCGUAUGGAACCAUGGAUUCUUCGCCUCUCGUAAAGGCGCACGACCACGCGCGCGCCGCCGCCAUCGCAACCCGCCAUUCCUCCGACACCGUGGUAGCAAUCGGCGAGCACACCCAGGCUGCCGGCGAGUUUGCUCGCGCCUCCAGGACUACCUCCAGCGUCGAGGCCCUCCGAACCCUCAAGCUCCUCGAAGAACACCACCGAAAGCUCGCCGAGAUCCUCAAGCUCCCCUCCGAACCGACCUCGCAGUCCAGCGAUGCCGACCAGAACGAGAAGUCCUCGGACAAAGACCAGACCAGCCAAGAUGCCCAUACCAAGAAGGACUCUGCGGCGGAGUCGUCGGCAUCCAAGAAGCUGAGCCCACCUACACAGCGCCGGUAUGCCUCCCGCGAAAUGUCAUCAUCCAUCGCAAGCAACCUGGCCACGGCCCGAGGCAUUCGAUCCAAGUAUAGAGGCCAGCCGCUCGCUCCCAGCGUGUCCAACGAUCAGGCGCCCGGCAACGUCGAUGCGCUCUCUCGCCCACAUGGGCCCCAGGCCAAGAUGCAGAAUAUAAUUGACCACCAGCCCGGAAAGCCCACCUGGGUCCCUCCGGCUUCGUCGCAGCAACGGUCCGAGAGUCACGGCAAGAACACUGCGUCCCCACGACCCGAUGCUGCUUCGGCCGUGGUCGACGAUGGGGGAUAUACUCGCUUUUACAAUACCUUCGGGAGCCUGAUCAACAAGAUCUCGGCUCCCCUGGCCUUUGCUGGACUGCCACUGAUCCAGGAGGAGUCGGUCACGCCAGAGCAGCCGGAGACCCCCGAGACAUCCCCUACAAAGCGUAGUCAUCUCAAGGCCUCGCCAUCCAAGAUCCUGGAACCAGACCUAUCCAAGAUCUACUCGAGGGCAACUAUGCAAGCAUUGGCUAGGGAAGGCCACGGUCCCAAUGAUUCAUUCUACGUUGUGCCCACGACAGGUCACACCAUGUCGUAUGCCAAUAUCUUGAGCUUCGCCGAGAAGGAAAAGAGACGCCUUGGGGCUUCGUCACACACUGAAUUUCUCAACGCGCCUGAGGAUGACGAUGACGACUUCGUUGAUGCUCGAGAGGCCCCUGCUCCCCUAUCUCCUGGAGCCAAGCGUCGUAUCGGCCGCGCAAACACUGACAGGGAACUCAACAACACCAUAGAAGAACUAUAUACAGAGAACAAGUCACUCAAGGACAUGCUCGACAAGCUCACCAAACGCCUCCACGCUUUUGAAGCAAGUGCUCAAAAUUCUGCCAUGGCUCUUGCUGAGAGCUACCGUCUGAUGCGUCCCGGGUCCCCCACGGCGGUUAGCAAGACCAGCGAUGAGGCCAUCCGCAAGAAGAACCAAGAGAUGGAGGAGCAACUUGCGUCCGCGGUGAAGCAGAUGGAGCGGCUUGAGAAGGACAACAGAAAGAUGCAGAAGACGCUGGAUAAGUACCGCGAGAAAUGGGAGGUGCUGAAGGCCGGUGCCAAGGCACGUAGGGAGGCUCAGGGGGGAGGGGAUAGUGUCGAAGAUGCUGCGGCGGCUUCGGGACAAGGAUAAUUUGGAGGAAUAGUCAGAUCUCACUGCGUAUUUAGUCUGGAAUAUAUACUAGUCACGAAGGGU